AUGAAAAGGCCAUUCGGGAGUACUCAAACCGAUCAUGUCGCGGCCGCUGAAAUGAGCGAGACGACCCCAUGGCUUCAACAUACUCGCUGCGCCAAGCUGUUCCGCAACAGGCCACUGAUAUCAUUGCCGCCUCGGCUCAGCAACCAGCCUUUCAGCGAAAGCUUUGCUGAAAUCGAAGCCCAGCUGCGGAUCAUUCUCCAAGGCCUGGACUUGAUCUUCGACAGGGCAAGAGCUACACUCGAUCGUACACCUACCCAACGCGGCAACACCAGGAAGUAUAUAACUUACGUCUAG